AUGUAUAGGAGCCAAAACAAAUUGAUCAAGGUCCCGUUCAACCGUUGCUUCGAGCUCAUUUUCGCGUCUUCAAAGAGUCUACUUGGUACCACUUUUCUCGCCAUUGUUAACAUGCUCUCUUCUGGCCUCGAACCGUUGACGGAGUGCAGUCUCACACGUCUCUCCGACACCGUGGACGGCACCGUAAGCGAGAAGUGUCAUCAUUGGCACAGGAAAAUUCAGAUACGAGUGGUCUCAAUCCUUAGCAUUGAAGACACUAAACUCUGGUUCAGAUCUUCUGUAAACCCACUCGAGCGUUGUGCUUGA